AUGCGAGGUGUACAUGCUGCUGCAACAUCAAACGUGAAUCUGUAUUGUGCGUCAUGCGAUACCCAGAUCGGAAUCUUCGAAAACGAUUGGCUGCAUCUGACUGAUUCGUAUGCUUACGCACAGAAGGAGGGUACAUCUUUUAGUACAAAGGCUGGAAGGGAAACCAAGGUCGUUCCUCAUGGAUCCUCUCAACAGGCCGCUGAAGGUUGUCAUAUGGCCGAACUUUCCUGCAACCAAUGCUCUGUAAUGGUUGGACAAUACUGCAGAAGUGCACCACAUCCGAGCAAAGAGCAUUUGGUUGACAGACAAUUCUACAAACUGUCUAGGACUUAUUUGAAAGAUGCUCGGACCGCGAAGAAGCUGAAGUUUUAUUUCAAGGAUGGGCACAACGUCGAGCCGGUACGGUCAAAAAGUGUUAGAUCCAGCAUAUUCCCCGAGUCCCAGCGACCAUAUCAGGCCAAGGCAUCCUCGAGCAGUCAUUUGCAGCUUCCUGCUCCAUCACCACAGCAACAAUGGUCUCGCCCCUCGCAAGAACCACUACAUAGUAUCGAACAACCAGUCAUUGAGUAUCGGGUUCACUCCGUAGAACACUCGUCCCCGAUGUUGGUUGAUAGUGCCCUAGGCUACCCGUCUAUGACAGGUAACCUCGACGAGAAUGGUACGUCAAACUUGGUGUACUCCAACGGUAUGGCAGUAGUGGAUGGCCAAAUCAAGAAUGAAGCCCAAAGGUUGACGCACAUGGAAACACGCACGACGAGCAACGAGGAAAGACUGCAGAGAAUGGACAUAAGAAUAAGCAGCUACACAAAACGCGCUGAAAUCACGGAGAAACACGUUGCGUCCUGCGAAGCAAAGUGCGAGUAUCAAGCUCUCCUAAUUCGAAAGCAGGGAGAGAUGAUUCACGCACAACAAGAUCAAUUGGAAUCGUUGACGCGAAAGCUAAAAUCUUUGCAAAAAAACAUGUCUGAUCUACAGAAUGUCAUGAUGGACAAUCCAAAUUCUCAUUCGCGACACGAUAGGUCCGGGCCCGACUCGCAGAAGCUUUUGAGCAGUCUCGAAGGUAUGGUUCAGGCGAUGCAAGCUGCUCACAAUGAGGAUAACGAAGUGAGGCUGUUGCGUAAGGAGAACGAGACUAUAAAGACCCAUUUGAGGGCGACAGCUAGGUCAGCUGAUGCACAAUUGUUACCGACACUGGAAGAAGCGGACAUGAACAGUACAGAGGCCUCCACAGCGCUGGGCAAACGCAAGAGAAUAGAGGAAAUAGAAGGCCCUCAACAUUUGUCCCGUCAUAAGCCGGAUCUAUUACUUACAUCCGAGGACAAUAUACAGUUGCCGACACCAGAUACAACUCAAUUGAGUGGGUACUCAUCUCCGGACACCGAACAUACCAGCAGCGCUGAGCAGGCAGGGGUUAUAGCAGAGGAGCAAUCCUUUCACACUGCUAAGAAUUCCUUCCGGAGAGAUGAUAGUCCCUGUCCAAUAACAAGCACUGCACAGAGACCUGUUGGACACAGUGUCCCAACAGGCACAGCAGAUGCGCCUGCAUCGAUAGGGUACCAGCCAGGGAACACACCUUCUGCCAGUACACAGGAUGAAGAUGAUGCAGCGCUAGGUCCUACGUUACCUAUAGUCGUCAAACUUGACGAUCACCACCGAGCACAAGCACAAGAGAUUGGUAAUGGCUUGUCGAAUAAUCCAUUCUCGGGCCCGCAUAGAUCACCUCCUAUAAAUCCUGUACCAUCACUGCAACCUAGCGAAUGUACAUCUAAAGUCGAGCCUUAUUCCAACACGCCAAUUCAAAGGUCCGUGGGUGCUUUCUCUACAUCAACCCCUACAUCACUUCUGCAAAGGCCCGUCAGUACCGGUUACAAAGGACCCUUUCCAGAUUCAUUAAAUCGAGGUCAACGCCUCGGGGAGCUUGUCGCGAGGCGUCCUUUAGUGUCAUCGCCAAAAGCUGAUUCUACAUUGCGAACACCCAGUUCUAGCAUUCCACCUGCAACCCUGCCUCGCCUGGCGGUGCUCCAGCCCACACAAGGUAUCAAUCCGUCUUUAAGCACAGUUAAUCGCAAUAUUGAGGUUAGCUCUUUGAAGAAUGUCUCUAAGGCAGAGGCUAUUGACUUCAGUGAUGAAGAGAACAACGUACCUCCGACAAGUGUCACACCACCAGUGAAUGCACUUGAACGUACUGCAGAACAAGUCAACGUGUCUGGAUGUCACUCUAGAUCUGUACUUGUCACCGUUCCGAAACACACAACAAUGACAGACAAAUCUCCAAAUAAAGUCGACGAAGCCCAGCACAAGCAAGUUCGAAAAAGCUGGCCUGGUCAAAAUUUGCCUUCCCAGGUUACUUCUGUGACCAAGAAUCGUGGCCGAGCACCGAGUUCACAACCUCAAUCAAAGCUGAGCUCUUCUGAAACUGCUACGAAUAACAUCGAAAACGAUGACAAUUGUGCAUCUUGUGAAAAGACCGGCUGGCUCCUUUGCUGUGAUGGCUGUCCCAAGGCAUACCAUCACCGUUGCCUAGACCCUCCAAUGAAAUUCAAGGACAAGAUACAAGGAGACUGGUUCUGCCCAAAAUGCACCUCGACACGAGCUCAACAAGGACUCCAAGCUUUGAAUGGUAUAUCUGGGAUAGCGGAGUUUGCCUAG